UAUUGUGUUUAGUAAUAUUGUACACACUACACUACAGAAGUAAUACAAUAGAAUUUCAAUGUUGAAAGUUGAAACUCAAUAGUAUCCCAAACUUUGUUUUUAUUUAGUGCUUUUAAGUAUUUUAAUUUUGUCAUAAUUUAUAUUACUGAUUUGCUAUUAUGAAAAGUUGUGUAUCAGAAAACACCGUCAGCUUUCAGGUAUCAAGUGCUAUAAAUAUUUGAUACAACCGUUUUUAGAGGAAACCAUGUCUGAAUAUGACGAUGAGGACAUGGAAUACUCAGAUCAGGAUGACUAUGAAGAUUAUUACAAUGCUGAUCGUGAUGUAAUGAGUCCACCACACAAUCCUGAUGCUGAAUAUUUUCCUGUUCAAUGUCUCUCAGUUGACGAGGUUGAAAAAUUCUUGAAUGAACUUGUUGAACAAUUAUGUACUAGUAUACAUGUAACACCAUCAAUGUCAAAAGUUUUACUUUAUGAAAACAAAUGGGCUGUUCAAGAAGUUUUAUGGAAGUAUAAUGAAGAUCCUGAUAAGCUUUUUGUCGCAUCUAGAAUGAAAACAUUACAGCCAGUAUCGGUUAAAACUAAAAGAGAUAAAUUUGUAUGUCCAGUUUGUGUAGGGCCAGUAGCUGAAGAAUUAGGAGUUACUAGUUUAGCUUGUGGCCAUUGUUAUUGCGAUAACUGUUGGCGUUGUCAUUUUGAAAAUAAAAUAAAACAAGGCGUAAGUACAGAACUCUCUUGUAUGGCAUUAAACUGUGAAUUACUAGUACCAGAAGAAAUAGUUUUAUCAACAGUUAAUAAACCAAAUUUAAGGAAAAAAUACCAACAUUUUGCAUUCCGUGAGUAUAUUAAAUCUCAUCCAUUAUUACGUUUUUGUCCAGGAGCUAACUGCACUGCAGUCAUAAAAUCUAAAGAGUCUCUUGCCAAAAAAGCUAUAUGUACUCAGUGUGAAACUUCAUUUUGUUUUAAAUGCGGAAAUGACUAUCAUGCCCCUACAGAUUGUGCCACUAUUAAAAAAUGGAUUACCAAAUGUGCAGAUGAUAGUGAAACAUCAAAUUACAUUGCAGCAAACACCAAAGACUGCCCUAAAUGUAAUAUUUUUAUUGAAAAAAAUGGUGGCUGCAAUCAUAUGCAGUGUUUAAGUUGUAAAUAUGAUUUUUGCUGGAUGUGUAUGGGAGAUUGGAAAGCACACGGCACUGAAUAUUAUGAUUGUUCCAAGUAUAGGGAAAACCCUCAGAAUGGGUCAGAAUCUGCUAGAGCUCGCGAAGCAUUGAAAAAAUAUCUCCAUUAUUAUGAACGUUGGGAAAAUCAUUCUAAAAGUUUGCAAUUGGAAAAACAAACGCUUGAUAAAAUCAAAGAAAGAAUAAAUAGUAAAGUUAUGACAAGUAAAGGUACAUGGAUUGACUGGCAGUAUUUAUUAGAUUCUGCUACUUUAUUAGCCAAAUGUCGGUAUACUCUUCAGUAUACUUACCCAUAUGCGUAUUAUAUGGAUAAUGGACCAAAGAAAGAACUGUUUGAGUAUCAACAAGCUAAACUGGAAGCUGAAAUUGAAAAUUUAUCAUGGAAGAUAGAAAGAGCAGAAACUACUGACAGAGGUGAUUUAGAAAAUCAGAUGGAUAUUGCUGAGAAAAGAAGGGCAACUAUGCUUCAAGAUUUUUUCCAUAUUUAAUUUAAUUUUAUAUUUCCUUAUUUGAUUGUAAAAUUAUUCUGAAUGUAUAUAUACAUAAAUAAAUACAUUUUCUUUCAAUAUUUUAA